AUGACUUGGAGACUUUUUGUCCUCGGUGGGGCAUGCUUGCUUCUUCUGGGUGUGGGGGGUCAGUGCAAAGAGCAACGAAACCGGAGAACGGUGUCUUUCCAUCGGACUCAGCAAUUUGGGAACCACGGUAAAGUCCUCUCACGGCCAGAAAGGGAUACCAUAGCUUCUCCAAGUCCCACUUUCACCGCUUGUACACUCCGUCUUACACCAUUAGAACACAGGGUGUUGGAUCAAAAUACACACGAGGUGAGAGCUAUUUUCAACACUUUUUUUGUUGUUGUUUUAUUCUUACUUUUUUUGUUUAAAAUAAAUGCACUGUUGGUUAAGGGCUGUAAGUAAGCAUUUCACUGUAAUGUCUGCACCUGUUGUAUUCGGCGCAUGUGACCAAUAAAAUUUGAUUUGAUUUGAUGUCAGUGCCGUUUUUGACUUACUUUAUCAACUGCUAGAGCAUCAACACCGCAUUUUACUUUUGCAAUUUGGAAUUGCGUAAAUAAAUGCUAAUUUAUCAUAAUAUGUCAUCAUAACGUUCGUGAGCAAGGGAUUUUGUUGUUGUUGUAUUAGCCUACUGCUUGUUAAUGAUUAAUGCUUGCUUUAUUAAUGAUUUUGUGUGUGAUAGUUUUGAGGGUAGGGCUACUUGGGUUGUCAUAAGGUUAAUCAGCUCUGAAGGUGUGAUGUUAUGUUUGUAUGUGAGUAAGAUGAGUCUCUCUCUCGAUUUCACUCUCUCUCUCUCUCUCUCUCUCUCUCUCCAUUGCUCUCUCUUUCUUUCUCUCCCUUCAGACAGGGUUUCAUGGUGAUGAUGGCUCCAGUUUUACUGUCACAUGGGUUGGAGACGGGACAGGAGUAAGUAUGGUCCUCACUUAAUGGAUGAUGGAUGUAGAAUCAUUGUCAUCAUCAUUCAUGGGGUGCAUCUGAAACGGGUGCAGCUCAAUAGGCUUGAGUAGCUUCCUUCCCUCUUUCCUCUCUUUCAUCUGCGAUAACCUGACAGUGAGGAAACGUGAUAGAUACCUACAGGGAAUUUGCUUUCACCUGUCCAGUUCGCUCACAUCGAUGCAGACGAAGGGAAGGAAAAAGGAGGAGGACAGAGGAAACAAUUUAAGGCUUUGACAACAAUGUUUUCAUUUGGUUGAUUGAUUGAUUGAUUGAUUGAUUGAUUGAGUGAGUGAGUGAAUGAUUGGUUGGUUGGGUGAGUGAUUGAAUGAGUGAGUGAUUGGUUAAUUGGUUGGUUGAUUGAUUGAGUGAGUGAGUGAGUGAGUGAUUGUAAUGACAGGGGUGCAUAAAUGGGCAUUGCUAACUGUACAUAAACUGGUAAUAGUACAGUGGGGCGGCAGGUAGCUUAGUGGUUAAGAGCGUUGUGCCAGUAACCGAAAGGUCGCUGGUUCUAAUCCCCGACUAGGUGAAAAAUCUGUCUGUGCCCUUGAACAAGGCACUUAACCCUAAUUGCUCCUGUAAGUCACUCUGGAUAAGAGUGUCUGCUAAAUGACUAAAAUGUAAAUGUUAUGGUGAUGUUUAGCCAAGUGUUAUUUUGUGUCCCACCAGGUAAUCUUGGUGUUGUCUACAGUCAGUGCUCCUCUAGACUCCUUCUUCGAGGGCGGUUCUUCACGACUGUACCGCAGGUUAGUGGAUGGUGGCAAUCUGUCUGUCUGUAUCUAUAUGUCUGUCUGUCUGUCUUUCUGUCUCUGUCUGCCCGUCUGUCUGUGUCUGUCUGUGUGUCUGUCUGUCUGUGUGUCUGUCUGUCUGUCUGUCUGUGUCAGUCUGUGUGUAGAAUAGAUUAACUGAGCCAGUGUUUUGACAUUUUGGCUUGUUAUCCUCCCCUCUCAGUGCAGACUAUGGCAAGUCUUUCCAUGAUGUUUCUCAUCUCAUCAACAACACCUUCAUAAGGAAGGAAUUUGGACUUCUGGCUGGACCAGGGAACUCUCAGCAGGUAAGCUGCCAGAUCACAAGUGUACAUGGAGGAAAGCAUUCUGAUGACAGUCUGUGUGUGUGUGUCUGCAUGUGUGUGGGUAUAUGUGUGUGUGUUUGUGACUGUCUGGCAUGCAUGUGCAGACACAUCAGCUGUCUUGGUUCUUGCUGUCCAAUCAGCUUGAGGCACCACAUCUCAGUUUCACCACUCUCCUCCACUUGCCACUGUGGUCACGUUGCUCAGAACUCUGGUGUGAAGACUAGACAGUGAGAACAACAAAACCACCAAACCCUUUCCUCCUAAACAACCACAACAGGGUGGUAUUCAAUUUGCAACGGAAAAUGUUCAGCAACGAAAGCAAGCGUAUCUUAGUGGACAAAUUCCACUGUUUUUGUCUGCUUGGCGUCUAAUGAAUACACCCCAGGAUGAGGCCUCAUAGUUUUAUUUUGGGGUUGGGGAGGUGAAUUAUAUGAAGACAAUAGAGAAGACAAGGGGAGGAAGCCAGUUUAGACUAUUGAGAUGCACCCUCAGGCAACCUCCCAUCACCGAUGGUGCUUGUUCUGAUUGACAGGUGAUUCUGACUGCAGACACACCGGUCUUGGACAACCCUGGUGGCGUCAUCUUUACCUCGACUGACGCCGGAGUGUCCUUUAAGUCUGUCCAGCUGCCCUUUCACCCGGCCCAGCCAAUCACCUUCCACUUCCUGAAUCCCGAAUACUUAGUGGUCAUCAGCAUUGAUGUGAGUAAAUAAACAAACGUGCUCUCUAUCUCUUUGUGAUCGUAUAGAAUUUUCACAUGAAAUUCAGCUGUUAAGUUCACACUCACCUCACCUCACACACACACACACACACACACACACACCUUUAACUCAGCUUAAAGGUGCAAUAUGCAGAAAUCACUCCGCCAUUUCCUAGUUGCAAAAAUUUGAAUAGUUUGCCUAAUUUCAGUUUAUGUGACAAAACAAGCAAGUAUAGUGUAGAUAAUCAUUGUACCAUCUAAACCGCUGUGAAAUAUAUUUUCAAUAACCAAAUAUAUUGUAUUUUCAAGCUUGUGUACAAAACCGAAAGUAAAAGACCAAAAACGAAACGUAAGAACGGGAAGCAUAGAAAUAGUGCAUAUAGAACAGAUCUACCGCUUCUUAGACUUGCUUUCAAUGAGAAUGACAUAUCUAUAACUCACAUUUCUAUGUGCAUUUGGUUGGGUCACCCAAAAAGUGACAUAUUGAAGCAUUAAAUACACAUUCUCAUAUGCUUUUCUCACUUACAGGGUGGCCUGUGGCUUUCUCUGGAUUUUGGGGCUGUGUGGACAAAGGUUCACGAGGGAACACAAUCUUUCACGUGGUGAGAACAAACGGUACACACACACACACAUACACACACACACACCACAAAGGUCAAUUUGAUCAGCCGUCCCCAGACAAAGGGCGGAGGUGUGUCGUGGUCAAUCUAAAUACUGACUUCAAUACAUCAAUGUAGAAAACACACAGAGAUCAGAAAGCACACACGUCUACAGUCUGUUGUCUGUUGUUUGACUGAAUUGGAAUGUUUAGCCCAGGUCUGGUGGCAACUGUAGUGUGUUUGGUAGGAGUGCGAAACUCCUAUUUGUUAAGUCACUAAACAUGAGAGGCCUCUGAACUGAGUGUAAGUCGAUGCCAUGUAUAUCUACGUGUAUAAAAUAUGAGAGGAGGAGAGAUAGAGCCCCGAGUAGAAUCCUCGAGAGACUCGGACUCUCUCGCUCAGAGAGAGGAGAGCUCUAGAGAAGAGAGCUCCUUAUCUUCUCUCCUCUCUCUCUAUCUCAUCCUCUCUAUAUCUUUCUCUCUCCCUCUCUCUCUCUCCUCUCUCCCUCUCUCUCCCUCUUCUCCUCCUCUCUCCCUCUCCUCUCCUCUCCUCCUCUUAUUUUGCCAGGGCUCCGGCAUCACUCUCUCUUCAGCUUCAGUCCCAAAGGAACAGGUGAGAGAAAACCAAAAAACGAGUGACAACUUCAGAUAUCCCUCCCUGUGUUGGUGCGUUUUUCUUCUGUUUGGUGCCUAAUGAAUAGGGCGCUGGUCUAUUGUGUUGUGUUGUUAGUGGAGGCAGACAGAAGAGGAGAGCUGCUCCUGAAGAGGACAGAGGACCUGGGGAAGACAUUCACCACCGUGCUACACAGCAUCUUCUCCUUCGGCUAUGUAGGAGGCUUCCUCUUCACCUCAGUCAUAGAGACACUGGUGAGACACACACACACAUGCAAGCCUGCAUACUCAUGCAAGCAAUCGCAUGCAUGCACACACACACACACAAACAAACAAAACACGCAUAUCAACAUAUAAGCCAACAUAUAAUUUACAAACACGAAAAUCACUCAAAAUCUGUGUUAUUUAGACUCACUCUGCCUUUCAUUGGUCCAGUCAGUGAACAGUCCUACACCACAUUGUGGAUCUUGCUUGGUUAGAUCUGUGUUGUGACUAAGUGAUUCUCUCCCAGGGAGCCUUGGUUAGAUCUGUGUUGUGACUAAGUGAUUCUCUCCCAGGGAGCCCCACGUGUUAUCUAUGUGUCCUCAGACCAAGGGGACCACUUCAACAAGGCCCAGCUUCCCUCCGCCUCCACCGAGCAGGUAGGACAGGCUCUUGUCUGUCUGUCUGUCUGUCCAUUAUUUCCCUCUGUACCCCACUAUGUCCCCUCUGCCCUCACUUCAUUCUAUUGUCCCCAGUCACCGGUGGUCACAGGUCAUGACGGCAGUCAAAUUCCAAGUGAUCGUUUAGUCACGGUAAUUAGGCUUCUCCAAGCUCUGAUGCUGCUGAUGGUCAUUAGUAGCCUACAAAAAUUGCUAACUGCCUGGUACUCAGCACUCUAUUGACCAUCUAAUCACUCUGACAUCAAUGCAAAUGUACUCGAAAAUCCUGUGUUCCAAUGGCAGGUUGUGUUUGCUAAUCCAUGUUUAUCAUUUUAAAAGGCUAAUUGAUCAUUAGAAAACCAUUUUGCAAUUAUGUUAGCACAGCUGAAAACUGUUGUGCUGAUUAAAGAAGCAAUAAAACUGGCCUUCUUGAGACUAGCAAUUGUGGGUUCGAUUACAGGAUCAAAAUGGCCAGAAACAAAUAACUUUCUUCUGAAACUCGUCAGUCUAUUCUUGUUCUGAGAAAUGAAGGCUAUUCCAUGUGAGAAAUUGCCAAGAAACUGAAGAUCUCGUACAACGCUGUGUCCUACUCCCUUCACAGAACAGUGCAAACUGGCUCUAACCAGAAUAGAAAGAGGAGUGGUAGGCCCCAGUGCACAACUGAGCAAGAGGACAAUUACAUUAGAGUGUCUAGUUUGAGAAACAGACGCCUCACAGGUCCUCAACUGGCAGCUUCAUUAAAUAGUACCUGCAAAACACCAGUCUCAACGUCAACAGUGAAGAGGCGACUCCGGGAUGCUGAUCUUCUAGGCAGAGUUGCAAAGAAAAAGCCAUAUCUCAGACUGCCCAUCUUAAUCUUGUACGAGAUCUUCAGUUUCUUGGCAAUUUCUCACAUGGAAUAGCCUUCAUUUCUCAGAACAAGAAUAGACUGACGAGUUUCAGAAGAAAGUUAUUUGUUUCUGGCCAUUUUGAUCCUGUAAUCGAACCCACAAUUGCUGAUGCUCCAGAUACUCAACUAGUCUCAAGAAGGCCAGUUUUAUUGCUUCUUUAAUCAGCACAACAGUUUUCAGCUGUGCUAACAUAAUUGCAAAAGGGUUUUCUAAUGAUCAAUUAGCCUUUUAAAAUUAUAAACUUGGAUUAGCAAACACAACGUGCCAUUGGAACACAGGACUGAUGGUUGCUGAUAAUGGGCCUCUGUACGUCUAUGUAGAUAUUCCAUAAAAAAUCAGCCGUUUCCAGCUACAAUAGCCAUUUACAACAUUAACAAUGUCUACACAGUAUUUCUGAUCAAUUUGAUGUUAUUUUAAUGGACAAAAAAAUGGACAUUUCUAAGUGACCCCAAACUUUUGAACGGUAGUGUAUAUUAUUUAGUAUGUAAAGACAACAUUAAAUUAAGAAUAGUCUGAUGGAGACAAUAUUAGCCUAUCACUUGUGAAUUAUAUAUUAUCUCUUGUGAAUGAUGCCCAGCUUAAGGCAAGAAACAGAGCAUGGCUUUUUUUUUUUUUAUCAUAGUCACACACCUCAUGUAGCCUAGCCCAUAAGCCUAUAUGUUUUGAUAAUGUUUGUAUCACAACUAAAGUGGCCAAAUAACUUCUUAAAAUGUGGCAUAUUAAUCCGCUUUAUAACCGGUGUAGAGCCUAACUGGCAUAGUUUCAAGUUUGGAGAAGAUCAUUUUCACCAUAAAAAUGCACCUUUAUAAUACAGCAUUACAUGCAUAAUCAUAUUUGCCGUCACUUUCAAGGACAGUGUUUUCCCGCUAAUUGAUUGCGUUUUGGAACAUUCGCACUUAUAGCCUACUGCCGUGUGCGCAUUGCUGUGCUUAUAAUGUGAAGAAAUAGCCUAAUAGUUUAUUAAUAUUUUAAGCUAAACGUUCUGAUCUGUUGCAUCAGCCUCAUUGCUUUAACUUUUUUUUGUUGACGCGAGUGGUUCUAUUAAUUUGUACUAUGGGGGAUAGUAGAUUGACAUAGGCUAGUACUUUUGCUGUUCGUUAGGCCUACUCAUCUUGUUGGCUGACAAAAAGUAGGCUAAAUGUGGACAGUUCUAAUAUCUACAAUAUGCGCCUGGGAAUUCAGAGUUGCGUCCCGGAUGUGUGGGUCUUCAUUCACUUGUAGCCUACUUCUUAGCUGAAAUGCCUGUGAGAAGGACCCGAUCACGUGACGGGCAUUGGCUAAUAAGAAUUGAGAUAUCUGAGAGAGCAAUGUGAGUCAGAGGUGGGAAAUUCGAGGCUUGGUGAGAUUAUUAUCAAGUGCUUGUCAAAUUGUGAAUGAGAGACUAAUGAAGUGUGUGCAGCUUGAACAAGAAACAAAUCAGAGCUCAUGCCUUUCAUGCGACAAUUUUUCAAAUCAAUAUUUGAGUCGCAUCAUACAGCCUUAGAAUGUAUUAAAAAUCUAAACCUAUAGCCCAACGUUUAUAUCACAACUAAAGUUGCAUAAAUAACUCUAAAGUAAGCAUAUAAGAGGACCAGUUUCUUUUUUAACCGUUCAACACACAAUAGCUGCAUGUGCGCACUUCCUUUGAAAUCGUUUGGAGAAAACAUCCUUUCUAUUUUAUUCAGCUAUGUUCAAUUGUGUUCUUCAUACUAUAAAAUAAUAAAAAAUAAUGCCACGGAAUUCUAAGAAAAUCUUGUCUGCUAAAUGAACUAGUGUAGCCCACAGCCAUAUGGCAUAGUCAGAUCAGGGCUUAACAUAAGGACAACUCAGAGUAUGUUCUUCUGUUCUUCUGAAAUAGACUACAUUUUCUUCAUAUCAUGUUUCUUUAGACCUGUCUAAAAUCAAUAAUCGAUUUAUUGUGAUGGUGUAUGCUAUAUUAAAUUGAUUUCUUAGACUUUUUUAAAUGUAGAUGUUCCAAAGGUCUGCAUCAGUGGCUUGUAGGCAAUGCGUAGAAGCCAGGAGUUUAUGUUAAUCAGACCAGCAGUUAUUUGCUUGACAAUCACCGGCUGACAACAUUUCAUGACCGCAACAGCUCUACCCCUGUCCAUCUCUCUUGUUUCUCUGUACUGUUGUCUUCCUGUCCCUGUCUUCUCCUGUCUCUCUGUUCCCCCUGUUCUGUCUGUCGCUCUGUGUCCUUGUCCAACUGUCCUUCUGUUUUGCCUUGUACCCUUCUCUCUGUCUCUCUCUCCCUGUCUCCCUCUUCCCCUGUCCCACUGUCCCCCUACCCUCUCCCCCUAUACCCAUGUACUCCUACCCCUCUCUCCCAAAUUCUCUCUCCCAAAUUGUAUCUUGCUGACGACACAGAAACAAGGAUAUUCUCUCAUGAUGAUUAAAGUCUUAGGAAUGGGAGAGCACACACACACACACACACACACACACACACACACACACACACACACACACACACACACACACACACACACACACAUAUAUACCUAAUUGGGGGAGGCAUUACAAUGAAUCGAACAGUUGCACACAUGCCUUAAUGAGUCAUUUUUUCACCUGUAUAUAUAUGUGUGUGUGUUUCCAGUUCUACUCUGUUCUGGAUGGGGAUGAGGAUAUGAUCUUCAUGCAUGUGGACAAUCCGGGAGGUACUCUCGGGGAAAGGAGGGAACUUCAUCACAGCUCACUCACACACACACAUCUCACACGUACUCUGUCACACGCACAACAAUCUGUCUCUGGUUUUCGCGCUCGCGCGACGCGUGCGAUAGUCGAGAGAGAGCGCGUCGCUCUCGCUGCGCUAUCUCGGCGCGCUCGGCGAGCGCGCGCUCUGCUGCGCGCUCCUAGCGCGAGCGCCACAUCUCUGCCCCCCUCCCCCCCCCCCCCCCCCCCCCCCCUCUCUCUCUCUCUCUCUCUCACAUUCUAACUCACACACUCACACAUGCUUUUCAAGUACAGACAUAGGACAUAUGAGCCACAUGGAUCCAUCUUUAGAUUAAACAUUAAAGUUAACUUUUAAGUUUACUCAUGUAUUUUGCUCAGCACUGAUCGUGUCUGAAAUUGUACAUCUAUCUCAUCUAGAUCUAUGGCUGUCUCAACCCUGCUAACCCUAAUCCUAACCCUGCUAUGGUUGUCUCAGCCCUGCUAACCCUAACCCUGCUAUGGCUGUCUCAGCCCUGCUAACCCUAACCCUGCUAUGGCUGUCUCAGCCCUGCUAACCCUAACCCUGCUAUGGCUGUCUUAGCCCUGCUAACCCUAACCCUGUUAUGGCUGUCUUAGCCCUGCUAACCCUAACCCUAACCCUGCUAUGGCUGUCUCAGCCUUGCUAACCCUAACCCUGCUAUGGCUGUUUUAGCCCUGCUAACCCUAACCCUGCCAUGGCUGUCUCAGCCCUGCUAACCCUAACCCUGCUAUGGCUAUCUUAGCCCUGCUAACCCUAACCCUGCUAUGGCUGUCUCAGCCCUGCUAACCCUAACCCUGCUAUGGCUGUCUCAGCCCUGCUAACCCUAACCCUGCUAUGGCUGUCUCAGCCCUGCUAACUCUAACCCUGAUAUGGCUGUCUCAGCCCUGCUAACCCUAACCCUGCUAUGUCUGUCUCCGCCCUGCUAACCCUUCUUGCUGCAAUGGAAAGGCUUGAGUGUGUUAAAGAGAAAGAGGAAAGACUGGUUUCACAAGUUCUCAGUAUUGCUGACAAAUCAUCCAAUCAUACAGGCUGUGUUUGUGUGUGUGUCUCUUCUGGGUCAGUGUAUACAGUAAGCGUGUACGGGUAGAGGCCUGAGGCUUUUGUCCCAUUCAGAUGAAUGGAGCAGAUAAGAAGGAACAGAGAGGGGUUUUAUCUGAGAGGGGGAAGAGGUAGACAGACACCUGACUAGGCUAGAAGGACAGCUGACACAGCUCUGGGCAUCAGGGUACACACACACACACACACACACACACACACACACACACACACGCACACACAGCAGCACAUGUUACAAGGGGAUUUUAAGGCCAGAAGAUCAUAUGCAUACUAUUUACCACUAAGUCCUGACCUAAGUUGUUUCUACAUCUUUGAUGUCAGGAGUGUUCUUCACACCAUUUAUUGAUGUUGACAGCCCCUUAUUGCUAUGCCGACUCAUAGAGGGCUUUGUCAGCGCAGUUGGGUUUGUUCCCAUGCCUACAGAAGACACUGUAUUUCUACCAUCCGUGUGUGUGUGUGUGUGUGUUGUCUCAUGGGGUCAGGAUAGAGUAGAUGAUAAAUUACCAUUCCUACUAUAUAAUAAUGUUUAAUUCUAUUGACUUUUUAUUCUAUUCUACCAUACUCCACUCUCUUCUAUUCUCCAGAGGAAAGCUACUUUGGGACGGUGUACACGUCAGAUGACCGGGGCAUCGUGUACUCUAAGUCUCUGGAACGCCACCUGUUUGGUGGGGAAGGGAAGAGCGACUUCACCAAUGUCACCUCCAUGAGAGGAGUCUACCUCACCAACAUACUGGAGGAGGGUACGCAACUACGCAUCAACACAAUCUGGGUCGUAUUCAUUAGGAACAUAAACAGUCCGAAACGGGGAGGGACUCUUAUAAUCUCCACCCGGCACAGCCAGAAGAGGACUAGCUACCUCUCAGAGCCUGGUUCCUCUCUAGGUUUCUUCCUAGGUUCCAGCCUUUCUAGGGAGUUUUUCCUAGCCACUGUGCUUCUACAUCUGCAUUGCUUUUUUUUUUAGGCUGGGUUUCUGUAUAAGCACUUUGUGACAACUGCUGAUGUAAAAAGGGCUUUAUAAAUACAGUACCAGUCAAAAGUUUGGACACACCUACUCAUUCAAGGGUUUUUCUUUAUUUUUACUAUUUUCUACGUUGUAGAAUAAUGGUGAAGACAUCAAAACCAUGAAAUAACACAUAUGGAAUCAUGUAGUAACCAAAACAGUGUUAAACAAAUCAAAAUAUAUUUAACAUUUUAGAUUCUUCAAAGUAUCCACCCUUUGCCUUGAUGACAGCUUUGCACACUCUUGGCAUUCUCUCAACCAGCUUCACCUGGAAUGCUUUUCCAACAGUCUUGAAGGAGUUCCCACAUAUGCUGAGCACUUGUUGGCUGCUUUUCCUUCACUCUGCGGUCACACUCAUCCCAAACCAUCUCAAUUGGGUUAAGGUGAUUGUCGAGGCCAGGUCAUCUGAUGCAGCACUCCAUUACUCUCCUUCUUGGUCAAAUAGCCCUUACACAGCCUGGAGGUGUGUUGGGUCAUUGUCCUGUUGAAAAACAAAUGAUAGUCCCACUAAACGCAAACCAGAUGGGAUGGCGUAUCGCUGCAGAAUGCUGUGGUAGCCAUGCUGGUUAAGUGUGCCUUGAAUUCUAAAUAAAUCACUGACAGUGUCACCAGCAAAGCACCCCCACACCAUUACACCUCCUCCUCCAUGCUUCACGGUGGGAACCACACAUGCAGAGAUAAUCCGUUCACCUACUCUGCGUCUCACAAAGACACUGCGGUUGGAACAAAAAAUCUCAAAUUUGGAAUCAUCAGACCAAAGGACAGAUUUCCACUGGUCUAUGUCCAUUGCUCAUGUUUCUUGGCCCAAGCAAGUCUCUGGUUUCUUUGCAGUAAUUCAACCAUGAAGGCCUGAUUCACACUUUCUCCUCUGAACAGUUGAUGUUGAGAUGUGUCUGUUACUUGAACUCUUUGAAGCAUUUAUUUGGGUGGUUUAUUUGAAGCAUUUAUCCUGUGGUGGUCCUCAUGAGAGCCAGUUUCAUCAUAGCGCUUUAUGGUUUUUGCGACUGCACUUGAAGAAACUUUCAAAGUUCUUGAAAUGUUCCAGAUUGACUGACCUUCAUGUCUUGAAGUAAUGAUGGACUGUCGUUUCUCGUUGCUUAUUUGAGCUGUUCUUGCCAUAAUAUGGACUUGGUCUUUUACCAUAUAGGGCUAUCUUCUGUAUACCACCCCUACCUUGUCACAACACCACUGAUUGGCUCAAACGCAUUAAGAAGGAAAGAAAUUCCACAAAUUAACUUUUAACAAGGCACACCUGUUAAUUGAAAUGCAUUACAGGUGAUUACCUCAUGAAGCUGGUUGAGAGAAUGCCAAGAGUUUGCAAAGCUGUCAUCAAGGCAAAGGGUGGCUACUUGGAAGAAUCUCAAAUAUAAAAUAUAUUUUGAUUUGUUUAACACUUUUUUGGUUACUACAUGAUUCCAUAUGUGUUAUUUCAUAGUUUUGAUGUCUUCACUGUUAUUCUACAAUGAACAAAAUAGUAAAAUUAAAGAAAAGCCCUUGAAUGAGUAGGUGUGUCCAAACUUUUGACUGGUACUGUACAUUUGAUUGAUUGAUGCAUGAACUUAAGAAAUGCUUGUUUUUGUUUUCGGUUGCAUAAAGUUUUGCUACAGUGUGCACUAAUGAAUAUCACCCUGGCAACUGUAUUUCUAUUCAGGUUGAAUCUUGGAAACUGACCUCUGUGUUUUUCCUAGUUUGUAGGCGGGUUUUAAGGAUGAAUCUUGGGAAUUGACCUCUGUGUUUUUCCAGUUUGUAGGGUUUUAAGGAUGAAUCUUGGGAACUGACCUCUGUGUUUUUCCCAGUUUGUAGGCGGGUUUUAAGGAUGAAUCUUGGGAACUGACCUCUGUGUUUUUCCUAGUUUGUAGGCGGGUUUUAAGGAUGAAUCUUGGGAACUGACCACUGUGUUUUUCCCAGUUUGUAGGCGGGUUUUAAGGAUGAAUCUUGGGAACUGCCCUCUGUGUUUUUUCUAGUUUGUUGGUGGGUUUUCAACCAUGAAUGCAUGUCUUUUUUAGUUCCAAAAAUAUGACAAUUAGUAUUGUUUUUGACAGACGGCCGCAUUCGGACAGUCAUUUCAUUUAACCGAGGGGGCGAGUGGAAACUCCUCAACAAGCCCCAGAAUGUUGAGUGUGGCGAGGAUUCAAGAAAUGAUGUGAGAACUAACUUAAUUCCCUCCUCUGACAAUGAAAAUAACAUCAAGUCGUGGGUGUGUUGAUGCUUAUUAUAUGAGUGUGAACAAUGGCAUUCUUGUGUGUGUGUGUGUGUGUGUCAGUGUAACCUGCACAUCCACGGCGAGCACAGUCACUACAACGGCAUAACUCCCAUGCUGCCUCUCUCUGACCCCACCGCCGUUGGCCUUGUCAUCGCCCACGGUAACCAAACUGUCAAUCAUACAUAUCAAAGACACGUUGCAUUGUGAUACUUCUGUAUUACCGUAGUGUACAUGAUGUUGCGCACAACAUUUUGCAUUGUAGGGAAUCUUGAUUGGACUAUACAGGAAAUUCUUUCCCCCCCGUAAUAAUUUGGUCACCACUACAAAAUAGGUCAACAUUGGAGGGUUAGGGCUAAAGGGAGGGGUAGGGAGACAUUUGGGACCGGAUGACUGACAGAUAAAACAUAUUUUCGGACACAGCCCCCACCCUCUAGCUGUCCCAGAAUGUGUGUGACCUUUCUAUGACCUCGGCCCUCUGCCCUUUGACCUCCCAGGCAGUGUGGGGGACUCCAUCUCGUCAGCACGGCCUGAUGUGUACGUGUCGGAGGACGGGGGGUACAAGUGGAGGGGUGCGCUGAGGGGGGCCCAUCACUACAGCAUCCUGGACUCUGGGGGGCUCGUCGUGGCUGUGGAGGCCCACCCCAGGGACGGCCAAAUCAACACCAUCAAGUACUGAACACCACACACACGCAUGCACACACACACACACAGUCGUUGGGGUGUAGAAAUAUUGGGUGUAAAGAAGUUGCUUUGUAUUCACACCCCCACCCAUGGCAUGCAAGCGACGUCCUAUGAGUGUUUUGUGUGUGUCUGUGUUUAUCCACUCUUCUCUCCCUAUGAAGUUGUGGCUGUGAACGUGUCUGUCUACUUCAUGUGUGUGUGCUUGCACGUUCACAUGGAGAUGUUUAUACAGGGUCGUAUUCAUUAGGCACCAAACGAAAGAAAACAACCUAUAAGAAAGGCUUGUUUUAGUUUUCCGUUGCAAAGCAUUUUGUGACAGUGUGCACUAAUGAAUACGACCCUGUAUGUGAUUGUGCAUCACCCCAGGUUCUCCACAGAUGAGGGCCAGUGUUGGAAGGUGUACAACUUCACAGAGCAGCCCAUCUUCUUCGCUGGCCUGACGUCCGAGCCGGGCACCAAGACCAUGAACAUCAGCGUGUGGGGUUACCGGCCCGAGGACGAUGACCAGCCCAUGUGGGUGGUGGUCACCAUUGACUUCCGGAGUCUCAUCACCAGAGAGUGUGGGUGAAUCUCAAUUGUAUUUCCUUGAUUCCUUGUAUCCUGUGUCUACACUUCUACUUGUCAAAACUCAGUGGAAGAGAAUGUCUGAGGGUAGGAACAUUGGAUCUUCUCCUCCAAUGCUUUUUGAGAAGGAGGUGAGGAGAGGGGUCAUGAGGAAUCAAGGAAAGACGAUUGAGAUUCCCCCUGUGAGUCACACGCUUAUUUGUUUGUUGUCAAAUGUAAUAUCCCCAAGGAUCAUAAUCAUUAAACCAACAACAGACAUUUCACAAGGAUUGAAACAGUAGCUAGCUUUCUAUUGUGAGAAUACCCAGAGAGCGUCGUCAAAUAUGUGGUUUCCAUAUGUUUGAUACCGUUCCUUUUAUUCCAUUCCAGCAAUUACAAUGAGCUCGCCCUCCCACCAGCCUUCUCUGGUGUGCACCCCUGUGGGUCACUGGGACCAGGAUUGAAAACACUGAUUUCGAUACGUACUCAAAUUGGCAUGUCUCGCUAGUCUCUCUCUAUUGGUUAACGUUGGUUUCCUAUAGGUGGUAACCAGGACUAUGUUCAGUGGUUGGCCCAUGCCACAGAGGGUGGGGACUCGGCCACAGAAGGGUGUGUCUUGGGCUACAAGGUGAUCUUCAGGAGGCUGAGGAAGCUGUCCGUCUGCAGGAAUGGACGGGACUACGUAGUGAGCAGGCAAAAAAGCCCCUGCCCCUGCACCAGAGAGGACUACCUAUGGUAAGAAACACUGUCGGGUCGGGGGGGGGGGGGGCUUUCCCCCCCACAUUCUGAAAUUGCAUUUGUGUCCCCCCCAAUUUUAUCAUUGGAAUGAGGCAACGGUGUGCUCUAGGACCAUGCGGACGCCUCCGAGCGGUCGGGUGGGCUCUUUGGAGUGUUUAUCCGACUGGAUAAAAAAUAAAUAAUAAUAAGUGAUGUCCCCCCCACUUCUAAAACAAAAGUUGCGCCCCUGGUUACUUCAUUUCUAGUCAAAAUAGCUUUUUUUCUGUAAUUGUGCCUUUGAGGCAAAGGCAGAGUCAAACAUAACAUUGCCAAUAAGGCAUCUGUACUGUGUCUGUGGUUGAAAUGGCCUAAUGUGUCUCUCCUUACAAACAGUGACUAUGGUUACUAUCGCCAUGAGAACAGCUCAGAGUGUAUGAGACAACUGGACACUGCAGACCACGCCCAGGAGGUGUGUCUAAACGGAGAGGAGGAGGAGCUUAGGACAUCAGGGUAAUUAUGACACACACAUUUGUUUUACUAUCCUUGUGGGGACCAAACAAUUGAUUCCCAUUCAAAAUCUUAUUUCCCCUAACCUUUUUCCUUGUGGGGACCGGCGAAAUAUGGUCCCUACAAGGAUAGUCAAACCAAACACACGCACACAGUUCACCGUGUGGUCUCCAUGUGUAGGUACCGUAAGGUUCCCAGUGAUAGGUGUGAGGGAGGUUUCACUCCCCUGCGUAGAGAGGAAACAGUCAACAGGCAUUGUGGGAACUCCAGUCAGCCGCCCACUGCCAGCCCAUACUCUGAAACCCCGGUGAGUGUGACCUGUGUGUGUGACCUGUGUGUGUGCGUGUGAGUGUGCGUGUGUAUCUGCGUGUGUGGGUCUCCUUUGAGUGUGUGCUUUUGUUAUUGCUCAAUGUGUAAAAGGUGUGUCUUACCUCUGCAUAAUGUAACAGUGUUCUUCAAUCUCACAUUGACACACAUUGUGAGCUGGGUUUUGUUCCAGCCCAGUACUAGCACACCUGAUUCAAUCAAUAAAUGGCUUGAUAACUGGUUGAUGAGUUGAAUCAGUUGUGUCAGCGAUGUGCUGGAACAAAAGCCUACACACCCUCUGGGUACUUCUAAAUCAGAAUAUACAGCCCCACAUAUUAGAUGAUGCAAUGUGUCAAAUGAUAAAGCUUUUGAGCGUUUAGAAUAUUAUGACCAGAAAUAUGAUAAUGCUAUCUCUGUAUUUCAGAGAGAGAAGAUGGUGUUGAUCGUGGUUUGCGUUGGAGUAGGGAUUGUCAUUCUGGUGGCUGUUGCCAUUGCUGUCUAUACUGUAAGGAGAAUGGUCUAUGGAAAUAGGUGAGCCACACACACGUUUAUGCGCACGAGCAUGCACAUAUGCACAUACCCAAUCACACACACUGCUCAGGUACAAGUGCACAUUCAAAUGCCUGCUUCCGUUCUGAUCCUAAAUAUUGACAUGCCUUGUGGCUCUGCUCCGCCCCCUACAGGGCGCCAACGUAUCGCUUCUCUUUCCUGCAGCUUCAGGACGACGACCGCUCCAUUGCCGCCGACCCAGAAAGCGUCACCACUAGCAAUGGAACAUCAGUCUUCCAAGUGGAUUCAGAUGAU